CCUGGUGCGAGAAGAAGGUCUUGUUUUGAUCAAAGAAAAAAAAUUUCAGAAAAAUUAUAAAUUUUUAACACGAGUUACAACACUAACUAGAAAUGUUAGUCAACAUUGAACCAGAUCCAAAUGAGGAAAAUCACGAGUCUGGGGUUGAAAUAUGUGAAAAUGGAAACAGAUCAACUCGCACAGAAAAAAGCUGUUUGACAGUCACGAACGUCCCCGCCAUCGUAUUUACUUCAGACAAAGUAAAGGAAUUAUUUGAAGAACUGUUUAAACAACACGGUGAUAUCAUGUCAAUAAUUUACCUGAAGAGUUUCAGUCGAGCAAGAGUUAUUUAUCACAAUGAAAAUGAUUCAUGCCAGGCAAAAGAUAAGCUUCAUGGCUCUACAAUGGAGGGAAACCAAUUAGGAGUCUAUUUUACACAGAUACCCAAUAUCCCUAAUAUAUCACAGACUCUGCAACCUCCACCACCUGUUAAACAGUUCCUGAUUUCACCACCUGUUUCCCCACCUGUCAACUGGAAGCCAAUUACAGAAGGAUCUCCUGUCAUCAACCAUGACCUUCUCUCAGCAAUAGCUCAACUCAAACCUGAUGAACCAUAUGAAGCGCAUAUGUCGACAGGUGACCAGCCAAGUAUCACUGUUCAUUGGUGUGAAGAUGAUGAUGGUGAAGAGGAAACUAAGGAACGCCCUAUGAGAAGUCUUCCAAGACACAUGGUGCAAACUCGCAAACCAGACACUAAACCAAACUAAACUCAUCAAUUGUUUCUCUUGCAUUUGAGAGGUAUCAAAAUAUGUUCAGGGUGGUUGCACUAGGGUAAGAGCAUUGGUGAUAUGGUGAUUGCACCAAGAUUACAAUUCUAGAUGGACGAAAGAAAAGGAAUCCCAAAAACUCACAGAAUACAACAGUCCUAACCAUUGAGACACUAAUAAAUACUGAAUCAAACUGUCAGCUUCAAACAAGUGAAAAAUAGGAGGAAUCCAAUUGGAUCAAGUCUAAAUUCUAUAUUAUAAAUUAGUCAAGCUUAAAUAUGUAUAUUGUUUACAAUGCCUGUUAUAUAUAUUAAU